GUACUCGAGAUGAACUCUGUCAGGUGUUGCCGAAGGCAGGGCACGUGACGUGUCCGAGGUGGGGUUGACGUGGGUGGACUUUCGUGCUCUCGCGCGGACAAAAGACCCCCGAUCUCUCUUUGGCAGGCCUGCCGGGCUUUCCGCACCACUCUUACAUGCAUCUUUCACAUCGCACACUACGAAUCCUAUCCUUCAAAUUGAUGCGACGUCGACGAAACACUGGACGUGAAGCUGAGCAUUGUCUCCUCGCGGUGAAAGAUGACGAUGUGCUUGGUGCCCAGUGCCUUGGUGGAUUCCACAGUCGUGACGUGCAAGUCUUCCUUCAGUGCAUGACCGGCAAUAAUAUUGUUCGAUGGGUGCAGGUGAGGAGAGCAGGUGGCGACUGCUGCGCUCACGAGAACGCCUUGGCCACAAGCCUCGGGCCUUCCAUGGGAACGCCGAAGCGCCGGAGUCUCCGCUUGUGAGAAUCCGCCCGUCAAUCCGGCCAGGUCCCACCCAGAAGAGCCGCUUGCGGCCUGGGGUUCUACUCAGGCGAGUCUAAGGACCUAGCCGAACAGCGGCUCUGCGCGUGUCUGGAUCAAGCGGUGCUCGUACCCUCCACCCAUCUGCUCCGAACUAGGAUUUCAAAUGAUCUUCUGGGGCAUGUUCAAGAGUAGUACCGUGCCAAUUAGCCUGUCUAGACUGAUAUUCCAGCUCUUUGCCUGAUUUCAUACAACGACCGCUUUUCCAUGAAUUACAGAAGAGGGACAUGUCCGGAUAGAUCUUUGAGUGAGUGAUGGAUAAGCCGGGCACGAGACUACCAUCACUGAUCAGCUGUGCUGCUUUCACUCUCCCACCACACUCACGCUCGCCAUGACUCAAAUGACGUCGUCCAUACCGACUGUCUGACCUACGAGCGUUCCCUGCUCGACCCCGUGCCGCUCAUUCUCGCGCAAUAGCACGAUGCCAAGCCGGAAUUGUGCUGUUUAUAGUCCUUUCAGACUCGUUCUUGGGCACGCUAUUUUCGAUGGCGCGCUACCCGUGACAUUAAGCUUGAGCACCCGACCAGAUCCUUGCCGCUGCGUUGGGUGUCUGGGCUCUCGGGGAGGCACGUGUGUGAGUGGUUGCGAUGCACUGCAGCCGUUGUGGAACGAACGAAGGAGGCCGUCCCUGUCUCCUCGGGACGCGUCGCCCUUCUCUCGAAAGCGCUCUGCUGACCCAUCGGAGUUGACUUCGGAAAAAUUCGGCUACUUGACCGAUCCAGCGUGCAUCGGCUCAGCUUGAAAAUGACAUGACAUUGGGCUGCGCCGUCCCUGCACAAGUUACUACAGACAGGAGCCGACGAUGGUAGUAUCUGCGGAUCGCGAGAAAGCAGGACCAAAUGGCAAUUACCCGCCCUAAUUCUCCGGCGUCAAAACUGGCGUGGCACAUGGGUGUAUGCUAUUGUAUGUACGUCUCCAAAUCGACUCCCUCCCUGCUGGACCGGCGGCCCGCGUCUCUCCGUCGAUCCUGAGCUCCAUUAACCAACCAAUAUUAGAGAUUAAAUUUGGCGACAUAUAAAACGUCCACUCUAAAUUGACUUUCUCCAGUACUCUUCUGCCCUCGACAAGAAAUACUACUAUACGACGAUGCGGACCGCUUUCUUCGCCAUUGCUCUCCAAGUCUGCGCAAUCACGGCUGCCGUGGUGAAACGAGCGACUGUCAACGAUGUCGCGACUCUAGGUUAUGCGACCCUUAACGGAGGGACGAGCGGCGGCUCAGGUGGUCCCACGACGACCGUCACCACCCUCGACGCGCUCACCUCGGCCGUCGCAGGAACUGCGAAGAAGAUCGUCCUUAUCUCAGGGACGAUCACGGGCAACGCUGUCGUGAGAGUCGGGUCGAAUACGACCGUCAUCGGCAAGACGGGAUCGUCUCUGGUUGGGGUUGGCCUGAGAGUGCUUAAUGAGCAAAAUGUGAUCAUUCGAAACGUCAAGAUCUCGAAAGUGCUCCACCCGGGGGAUGCGGUUGCCGUCCAGGCGUCCCAUCAGGUGUGGAUCGACCACGUGGACCUCUCGUCCGACCUGGACCACGGCAAAGACUUUUACGACGGUCUCUGUGAUCUUACACACGGUGUCACGGGUAUCACGGUCACAAACAGCUUCUUGCACGACCACUUCAAAGCGUCGCUGAUCGGGCACUCGGACAAGAACGGAGCGCAGGAUGUAGCCAUCACAGUCACCAUGGCUAACAACCUCUGGCGCAACGUCAACUCGCGCACGCCGUCUCUCCGCUUCGGACACGGGCACGUGUUCAACAGCGUCUUUGACAGCGACAUCGAGACCAACAUCAACACUCGCGACGGCGCCCAGAUGCUCGUGCAGAACAACGUAUUCAUGAACACCAUCUUCGCGAUCGAGAGCACCGAUGUUGGAUUCGCCGUCGCGACCGGAAACGACUUCGGCGGCGCUAACAACACCGCUCCCGUCGGCAACUUCACCACCCCACCAUAUCCGUUCACUCUCCUGCCCACCUCCAGUGUUUUGGCUGCAGUCGAGAGCACGGCCGGACAGACUCUUACGUUCUGAUCAUCGGGGCUUUGCACGCUGGGACCCGCGCAGAUGGCAGCACGUUAAUUUGUACCGAGACUCGUGGAGAUUGUAUGAAUUGCAUCACAGUCUCAAUCUAGGAAUAUUGCACCACGGAAGUCGAGCCUCAUCCACUUGAGUGUCGACGAAUUCGUAUACCUUGGCCCCUAAGAAAGUGUCAUUGAGUGGACGGGUAAUGGUCACUAAUGCGAGCGAUCGUUUCCGUGAUCGUUUGCAAAGACAGUUACAGGAUUUUCUGUGCUGAGCAAAAUGGUGUGGGACUGGAGUGAAAGUGCG